AUGAGCAUAUCCAGUAGUGACUCCACUGAUUCAGACAGUGAUAUUGAGAAUUAUAUCAUGUGUUGUGCUAUCGCUGAUCAUGCUGAACAAGUCGCACGAGAAAAUAGGUUAUUAUCUCUCCAACCGCAACAUACAUCUAGGCCUGGUAUGGCAUGGGUAGUUGAGCUUCUUUGGGGACAUCGCAUGCGUAUGUAUGAAUCUAUGCGUUUUUAUCCUGAAACAUUUCAUCGGCUUAUCGAAGUGAUAAGACAAAACAAUUUGUUGUCAUCUAAGGGUAGAAUCACACGUGUUCCAGUAAUGGAGUCAGUUAACUUUUUCUUUUUAAUUAGGAGUCCUGGCUGGGAGGGUACUGCCCAUAAUAGUAAAGUGCUUGAGAAUGCAAUUCUUGACCCAUUGGCAAAAUUUUCAUUUCAACCACACGAUAAAUAUUAUGUUGUCGACGCUGGUCUUCGGAACACGAAAGGAUUUCUAGCACCAUACAAAGGAACGCUCUAUCAUUUGCAGGACUAUAGAGGGAGUGACAGAGAGCCUAAGAACGGCAAAGAGCUAGUUAACUAUAGACAUGCCUCUCUGCGCAAUGUAAUUGAAAGAACAUUUGGAGCAUGGAAAAGUAGAUUCAGAAUACUACGACAAGGCAUGAACAACUAUGACUUCAACACGCAGGUGAAAAUAGUAAUUGCUUGUGCUGUAUUACAUAAUUUUUUGCGUGAACUUCAAAGUGGCGAUGGAAUAUUCACCGAAUAUGAACAUGAUGAUACGGAUGUUGAUGAAACUGAACAACAAUCGACUCAAAGUAGCAAUACUACUUCGUCUUUUCGGUCAUCUGAUAGGGAAAUGCAUGCUCGUCGUGAAGAGAUUGUUUGUAUAAUGUGGGAAAAUUAUAUUACAGAAUAG